GACAUCUACUACUUGAUGGACCUGUCCUUCUCCAUGAAGGACGAUCUGAGGAGCAUCCAGAACUUGGGGACCAAGUUGGCUUCUCAGAUGCGAAAGCUUACUAGCAACCUUCGGAUUGGCUUUGGGGCCUUUGUGGACAAGCCUGUAUCACCAUUCAUGUUCAUCUCCCCACCAGAGGCCCUCAAAAACCCCUGUUACAGUAUCAAGACUACAUGUUUGCCGAUGUUUGGCUACAAACACGUGCUGACGCUAACUGACCAGGUGACCCGCUUCAAUGAGGAAGUGAGGAAACAGAGUGUGUCACGUAACCGAGAUGCCCCCGAGGGCGGCUUUGACGCCAUCAUGCAGGCUACAGUCUGUGAUGAAAAAAUUGGCUGGAGGAAUGAUGCAUCCCAUUUGCUGGUGUUUACCACUGAUGCCAAGACCCACAUUGCACUGGAUGGAAGGCUGGCAGGCAUUGUCCUGCCCAACGAUGGACAGUGUCACAUUGGCAGUGACAACCAUUACUCUGCCUCUACUACCAUGGAUUACCCGUCUCUGGGGCUGAUGACUGAGAAACUAUCCCAGAAUAACAUUAACCUGAUCUUCGCAGUCACUGCAGACGUGGCCAACCUCUACCAGAAUUAUAGUGAGCUCAUUCCGGGGACCACAGUGGGAAUCCUGUCUGUUGACUCAAGCAAUGUCCUCCAGCUCAUUGUUGAUGCUUAUGGGAAAAUCCGCUCCAAAGUGGAGCUGGAAGUGCGUGACCUCCCUGAAGAGCUGUCACUAUCCUUCAAUGCCACUUGCCUCAACAAUGAGGUCAUCCCAGGCCUCAAGUCUUGUGUGGGACUCAAGAUUGGAGACACGGUGAGCUUUAGCAUCGAGGCCAAGGUACGCGGCUGCCCCAAGGAGAAAGAGCAGUCUUUCACUAUCAAGCCUGUGGGCUUUAAGGAUAGCCUUACUGUCCAGGUCUCCUUUGACUGUGACUGUGCCUGCCAGGCCUCUGCCCAGCCUCUCAGCCCACGCUGCAACAACGGCAAUGGGACCUUUGAGUGUGGAGUGUGCCGCUGUGACCAGGGCUGGCUGGGAGCCAUGUGUGAGUGCUCUGAGGAGGACUACCGACCCUCCCAGCAGGAAGAGUGCGUCUCCAAGGAGGGCCAACCCAUUUGCAGCCAGAGAGGCGAGUGCCUCUGCGGCCAGUGUGUCUGUCACAGUAGUGACUUUGGCAAGAUCACUGGCAAGUUCUGUGAGUGCGAUGACUUCUCCUGUGUCCGCUACAAAGGGGAGAUGUGCUCUGGCCAUGGCCAGUGCAACUGUGGGGACUGCGUGUGUGACUCAGACUGGACUGGCUUCUACUGCAACUGCACGACGCGCACUGACACCUGCAUGUCCAGCAACGGGCUGCUGUGCAGCGGCCGGGGCAAGUGUGAGUGCGGCAGCUGUGUCUGCGUCCAGCCAGGCUCCUAUGGAGACACCUGUGAGAAGUGUCCCACUUGUCCAGAUGCCUGCUCAUUUAAGAAGGAGUGUGUGGAGUGUAAGAAGUUCAACCGGGGAACCCUCCAUGAAGAAAACACCUGCAACCUCUACUGCCGAGAUGACAUCACGCUCGUGACGGAACUGAAGGAUACCGGCAAAAAUGCAGUGAACUGUACCUACAAGAAUGAGGAUGACUGUGUUGUCAGAUUCCAGUACUAUGAAGACACCAGUGGAAGGGCCAUCCUGUAUGUGGUAGAAGAGCCAGAGUGUCCCAAGGGUCCUGACAUCCUGAUGGUCCUGAUGUCAGUGAUGGGAGCCAUUCUGCUCAUCGGUCUUGCUACUCUGCUCAUCUGGAAGCUACUCAUCACCAUCCAUGACCGGAAGGAAUUUGCUAAAUUUGAGGAAGAACGAGCCAGAGCAAAAUGGGACACAGCAAACAACCCACUGUUUAAAGAGGCCACCUCCACCUUCACCAAUAUCACCUACCGGGGCACUUAAUGAGAAGAAGUCAUCCUUAGAACUUUGUCAGCUUAGGCCAGAUUUGUCAGAUUGUGGGAGUCUGUGACAUCAUGUUUACAGGGGACAGUAUUUGUGGGUAGAAUCUGGGGCUUGGAUUGGGACCAGCUGAAAAAAGUAUGUGGGAGUGUAUCUCUGUGUAUGUGUAUAUAUAUGUGUGUGUGCGUAUGUG